AGGUAUUCAGAGAGUCGGCAGCGAGCGGGUCACAUGCAGUAACAGGUAACGGGUGGGAGGAGCGGCAGCUCCAGGCAGAGGCGGCGGCAGCAGCUCCCGGUGUCCCGGCUCCCCGUGUACAGGUGUCCCGGCGGCGGUAGGGGCGAUGGACGGCUCCGGGACCAAGCGCAGGAACCUGGGCUUCUUCAAGCCGCGGCUCUACAUACUGGAGCGGCGCCGCACCGACACCAUCAUCCCGCAGGGAGACGAGGACAAGGGCAGCAACCUGCGCCGCAGCCAGUCCGACCGCAGCGAGUACAGUCAGCGGCUGAAGGACAAGUUGACUCCCCACGCAAUUCCUGAGGCAUCUGCAACCCCACCGCUCGACCCGAAGGAGCAGAGGGAACACUUGAUGCGACGGAGGAGGAAGGUCAUUGAAGAACUCGUGCAGACGGAGAAAGAUCACUGCAAGGACCUGGAACUCUGCAUCACCCAGGUGGUGCAGCCUCUACGGGAGAAACAGAUAGAGAGUCUGGAUGUGGAUGGCUUGUUCAGUAACAUCGAAUCAGUCCAUCAGAUAUCUUCAACGUUGUCAUCCAUGCUGGAAGAUGCAGUCACUGAGGAGGGCCCAGAGACACAGAUGAUCGGGGAAAUAUUUUUGCAGAUUAAAACUCCCUUGGAGGAAGUUUAUAAAAUCUAUUGUUACCACCAUGAUGACACCAACAGUUUGCUGGAAAUGUAUGACAAAGAUGAAGAAAUCCAGCAGCAUAUAAGGACCCAGGUUGAUGUUUUGAAGAAAAUAUAUCAGGAGCAGGGGAAGUCGAGCCUGCUGGACAUGGGCUCGCUGCUGAUCAGGCCGGUGCAGCGGGUGAUGAAGUACCCGCUGCUGCUGAGCGAGCUGUUCAAGUCCACGCCGGCGCUCCACGCUGACCACAAGCCCCUGGCAGAGGCCCUACAGGCCGUGGUACACAUCAACACCAACAUCAACGAGUUCAAACGCAGGAAAGACCUGGUGAUGAAGUACAAGAAGAGUGAUGAGGAGGAGUCUCUCAGGGACAAGCUGUCCAGGGUCAACAUCCGCUCCAUCAGGAAGAAGUCUAACCGUGUCACCAGUCACCUGAAGAUCCUCACUGGAGGAGAGCUGCAGGUCAAAGAUGAGACGUUCGACCGAGAGGAGAAAACGUUUCGAAACUUGGAGAAGGCGGUGAGACUUUGUGCCAAGAACACGUCUUCCUACCUGCAGAACAUCCAGGAAGGGAUGCUAUUGGCCGCUCAGAAUGUCCAUGGACUUCAGAGAACUUUCCAGGAUCCCGACCAGACCAACGGCAACUCUCUGCGGGAACUCAAAAACUAUCUCAAUUCUGUUGAAAGUUUUAGAGAGCGUCUGGAGAGGGUGGUCGUGUCACCCCUCGCAACCCUGCAGGUCCUCUUUGCUGCCCCCCAGAAGCUGAUCCAGAAACGCUACGACAAGCUCCUGGACCACGUGGGCGGCUUGAGGCAGUCGGAGAGCAUGCGGGACAGGCGGGCGGCAGAGCAGCUGAACCAGGCCCGGCGCGACUACCAGGCCCUGAACGGCCAGCUGGUGGAGGAGCUGGUGACCUUUAACCGGGCGGCCAGGCAGAUCCUGCUCAACUGCAUCUGCUGCUUCAUGGCCAUCUUCCACGACCUCAUGGGCUCCGCGCUGCAGGCAUCUCCGGCCCUCACUAACACCCUGGUUUCCCCUGCAAGAAACGUCCAAGAGAAGCAAAAGCAAGUCAUUGAGGACAUUUAUCAAUUGUCUUUUGGGAAGGAAUUCGGCAGUGGAGCUCAGCGGGUGAUGGAGAGGAGGAACAGCUCGGAAGAAAGAUCAAAGAAAAGAUCAUUAGGCUUUAUGCCACCAGCUCCCCAUCAGACCCAAGACCACAGGACAAAGCUCCUGUCAACGCACAGUCCUGAGUCGGUAUUUCAAGCCAAGCGGAAGUUCAAUGCAGCCCAGGAGCAUGACACGUCUCUGCACGAGGGUGAAAUCGUGGCCGUUCUUGAAAGGCAGGAUCCGAUGGGCAGUACGAGCAGGUGGCUUGUCGACAAUGGAGUGACACAGGGCUAUGUGUACUCCUCGUUCUUGAAGCCCUAUAACCCCAGCGCCGGCCACAACGGCUCGCUGCCCGACAGCUCAGUGGUGGACGACCACUUUGACGACAUCACCCUUUUUGGAACGCCGCUAUCUGGAGAGCCCGGCCUGGCGAAGCCUCCGCCCCUCAGCACCAGCGCCAGUGACACUGCACUCAACUGCUCCCAGGAGACGAGUUCCUGCUGCCCCGACACGGUGUCGUUCAGCGGCAGCGACGACAACUCGAGCGAGGGCGGAGAGCAGCAGGUAUUCUACGCAGUGUACUCCUUCCAAGCGAGGAGCGAGCAUGAACUGAGCCUUCAAGAGUAUGAGCGAGUGAAGAUAGUGAAGCCCAAUGAUCUGAGCGGCAACAGAGACUGGUGGUUGGCUGAAGUCAACGGGAAGCGAGGCUAUGUCCCUGCUAACUACUUGGGAAGAAUGUCUUAUGCCUGAACCCUGCACUCGUGGAAACCGCUUGAGUUUCAUGGAUGGAAACACAGGACCAUGUGGCUGCUCUGCUGGUCUCUGGCAUUGAUUUGAAGGAGCCAGGCCCAUGCAUGUGAGUGCAUGUACACGUGUGUGUGUGUGUGUGCGUGCAUACAUCUGUAUGGGUGCAUGCAUGUGCACACGUAUGUGUGUGUGUGCAUGGACCUAUAUGGGUGCAUGUGCGUGUGUGUGUGUGUGUGUGCGCGCAUGUACGUGUGAGUGUAUGCGCAUGUGCGUGCACCUGUAUUGGUACAUGUGUGCGUGCGUGUGUGCGCGCGCGCAUGUGUGUGUAUGUGUGAGUGUAUGCGCGUGUGCAUGCACCUGUAUGUGUGUGUGUGUGUGUGUAAACCAAUGAAGGAUAUGACUGCAAUGAUCCAGAUUGUGACACCACAUGAUCUAGAUGUUGCUAUUGAACAUACUCCUGUGGAGUAGAGACUUUUUUAAACUAAAACGUCUUGAGAUAUGAAGGUAUACAUUAAUUUAAGAGCUACAGAGAGCGUGCACAUGAUCCAGAAUAUUGAAGAACUCUUUUGCUAAUUGCAUUUCAGUGACUAUCAUGGAAGUGGAAGCCAAAGACUGCAGCCUGUUUCACUUCAUUGUGGACACUGUUUAGUUUUGUUCCCUUGAAAGUAGGCACCAGGAACUGUUGGAAUCUGAAGCAAAAUAUAUAAGUGCUGGAGGAACUCAAUGGGUCAGGCAAUAACUGUGGAGGGAAUGGACAAACGAUGUUUUGGGUUGGGUCAAGAGCACUGCUAUGCUUGGUAAAGUUCAUAGUUGGUGCGUUGCUAUACUGCUUAAGCCCCUGUCCCACUGUACGAGGUAAUUCAAGAGUUCCCCCGAGUUUUCCCCUGAUCCGAACUCGGAGAAUGUCCGUAGCGGGUCCAUAGGAGUUGGUGGAUGCCUCGUAGCGGCUCGUAAUGCUAACGGUAGGUACUCGGGACAUCAGGUAACUCGUGAGGUUUUUUCAUCCCCGCAAAAAACGUUCACGGGUAAAAAUAUUUUUUUACUUUUUACUCGUACGAGCCGCUACGAGACAUUCACGAACUCUUACGGACCCGCUACAGACAUUCUCCGAUCUCGAAUCAGGGGAAAACCCGGGAGAACUAUCUCGUACAAUGGGACAGGGCCUUCACUGUGACCAGUGUUAUUGUUACGAUUAAUCCACCUGCUCAGCAAACAGAUAUAAGUGGCAUGUUUGUAGAAUAGCAGCGUGCUUCAACAAUCUCUCAGCAUAAACACCUUAUCUAACCAUAGCACCAGGGAAUUCAUGAAAUCCACAAUAACAUUGUGCAUUCCCUCUUGCCUGAAGCACCCUGACUUGCAAGCUCGUCUGUCCAUUCCCUCCACAGAUGCUGCCUGAACCCUCUGAGUUCCUCCAGCUUUCCUUGUUUCUCCAUUACACUGCAAAAUCACCUCAAGGUACGCCCACCCUGAAGAAGUUCUCCUCCUCUCUCUGGCGGGAUUUCUGUGAGACCCUCUCUCACUGCUCCCCCUCCGUGACUCCUCUUGUUCUCGUGCUCUAUGACCGUGUUCUGACCCGGAUUCACUACCACAGCCACGUGUGUUUCCUCAAUGCUUGCCCACGCCGCCAUCUUGUGUCUUGUGCCUGCCAGCUCUAGUUCCAGGCCCAUCAGUUUAGGCCCAUCGGGAUCUAAGUCACCUACUCUGUCCGUCCACCGCUUCUCGUGACUGUUCUCCCUCUGUGCCCCGCUUUAAACAUUCUCCUCUAAUUCCUUAGAAGGCUCAGGAAGUUCGGCAUAUCCCCAACGUCUAUCACCAACGUCUACAGAUGCACCGUAGAAAGCAUUUUAUCGGAAUGUAUCACAGCUGGGUUUGGGAACAGCUCCAUCCAAGACCGCAAGAAAUUGCAGUGAAUUGUGGACGCAGCCCAGACCAUCACACAAACCAACCUCCCUUCCAUUGACUCCAUUUACACCUCACGCUGCCUCGGCAAGGCCAGCAGCAUAAUCAAGGACCAGUCUCACCCUGGUCACUCCCUCGUCUCCCCUCUACCAUCAGGCAAGAGGUACAGAAGUGUGAAAACACACACCUCCAGAUUCAGGGACAGUUUCUUCCCAGCUGUUAUUAAGCAACUGAACCAUCCUACCACCAGCAAAAGAGUAGUCCUGAACUACUAUCUACCUCAUUGGUCUUGAAUCAGAUUUACUGGACUUUAUCUUGCACUAAACGUUAUUCCCUUUAUCAUGUAUCUGUACACUGUGGACGGCUUGAUUGUAAUCAUGUAUAGUCUUUCCACUGACUGGAUAGCACGCAACAAACGUUUUUCACAGUACCUUGGUACACGUGACAAUAAACUAAACUCAAACUCUAGAGAGUGUGAAGAAGGGUCCUGACCUGAAACAUCAUCUGUCCAUUCUCUCCACACGGAUGCUGUCUGACCUGCUGAGCUCCUUGUGAUUUGCUCAAUAACAAUCACAGUCUUCCCUCGGGGGCAAUGAUCGGGAACUUGAUUCAUCUGUCGGGAGUAUUUCCGACCUCUUGCACAAUACGAUCGACUGGGAUCGGAGAAUCAAAUUUUUAUUUUAACAAACCGAAUGCAGACACCACAGGUAGAAUCAAUGAAGGUGAUCUCUCGUGAACUUGCGGGGCCGUUGACAAGCAGACAGGGCGAAAAGUCAUCAACAUCCAUUCACAUUUAGUUCAAAGCUCGGAAAAUUUGCAGAGCCGAGCCAUUGGGCCUACAUUAUUCCAAUAUCUGACAGCCUUAGGGAAUUGGGAAUACUGUCCACACAUCCUCAUUCUCCAAUGUCAUAAUUAAUUCACAUUAAGAGACCCUUGGACUUUGAUUGGACGUUACUGGCUUUAUCUUGCACAGAACAUUAUUCCUUUCAUCCUGUAUCUGUGCAGCACACUGUGGACGGCUUGAUUGUAAUCAUGUACCUCGGUACAUGUGACAAUAAACUGUGAAAACUGAGCAUAAUUGUUGGUAAAGAAGACGUACUGCAUGCUCGCCUUCAUCAGUCGAGGUGUUGAGUAUAAGAGUCAGGAAGUCAUGGUGAAGUUUUUAAAAACUUUGGUUGGGCUGCAUUUGGAGUAUUGCGUACUGUUCUGGUUGCCCCAUUACUGGUAUGGUCUUCCAGCAGUAGUUACCUUACAACUAACCGGUAAGGACAACGGGUCAGGCAGCAUCUCUGGAGAACAUGGACACAGAGUGCUGGAGUAACUCAGCGGGUCAGGCAGCAUCUCUGGAGAACAUGGAUUGGUGGACGCAUCGGGUCAGGACAGUUCUCCGGUCUGCAUGUUUCUCCAUAAUGCUGCACUGUAUCUGGAGGCACAGGUUCCAAUCCCACCGCCGACCCUCGCAUGAAAAAAAUUAUGUUAAGUAAAUCUAUCACAAUGUUUAAAAAAAAUGUGGUCAGGUACGUGGAUAGGGCAGGUUUAGAGGGAUAUGGGCCAAACGCAAGCAGGUGAGACUAGUGUAGAUGGGAAAUGUUGGUCGGUGUGGGCAGAUUGGGCUGAAGGGCCUGUGUCCACACUGUAUGACUAUGACUCUAAAUGAGUCACUCUGAAGAAGGGUCUCAACCCGAAACGUCACCUAUUCCUUUUCUCCAGAGAUGCUGCCUGACCCGCUGAGUUACCCCAGCCUCUGUGUCCAUGUUCUCCAGAGAUGCUGCCUGACCCGCUGAGUUACUCCAGCGCUCUGUGUCUCUGAUUGAUUGGUAGCAUGGACACAGUGGGCUGAAGGGCCUGUUUCCAUGCUGAAUCUCUAAAUUAAACUAAUACUUUUCCCUGGUGUCACAGGGACUAUGUAGCCGUUAUCUCUUUACAGUUGUGGGAGGUUGCUGUGCAGAUAUCGACUGUCCAACAGUGACUCCACUUUGAACAGCUUCAUGGCUGUGAAGCAAAUACUGGAGUAACUCAAUGGGACAGGCACUGUCUGUGUGGAUCGAAUGGUCAGAUGAUAUUUCAGGUUGGAGCCCAUUCGUCAGACAUAGUUUAGUUUAGAGAUAGUGUGGAAACAGGCCCUUCAGCCCACUGAGUCUGCACUGACCAGCGAUCACCCGUUCACACUAGCAUUAUCCUACGCACAAUGGCCAAUUUACAGAAGUCAAUUAACCUACAAACCUGAGAUAGGACACAAAAUGCUGGACUAACUCAGCAGGUCAGACAGCAUAUCUGGAGAGAAGAAAUAGGUGAUGUUUUGGGUCGAGACCCUUCUUCAGAGUCCAGCUUUUUAAAAUCUAUCUUCGGUUUCAACCAGCGUCUGCAGCUCCUUACUACACAAACUAUGAGCCUGUACGUCUUUGGAGUGUGAGACGAAACUGGAGCACCCGGAGAAAACCUACACGGUCACAGGGAGAACGUGCAAACUCCUUACAGCCAGCACCCGCAGUCAGGAUGGAACCCGGGUCUCUGGCGCUGUGAGGCAGUAACUCUACCGCUGCACCACUGUGCUGCCCUGGUGUUUGAAUAGAGUCCUGAACAAAGGCUCUAUCAGUUCCCCCAGUAAGUCUGAAGAAGGGUCCCAACGCCACCCGCUCAUUCCCUCCACAGAUGCUGCCUGGUCCCAUUAAGCUACUUCAGCAGUUUUCAGUUUUGCUUCAGAUUCCAGCAUCUACAGUUCCUUGUGUCCCCACUGUGUUAAGGGCUGUUUAUGUCCUGUUUAUGUUAUAUUAAUGAACAUUUUCUGUUAAACUGAUUUCCAGAGUCUACGUCAAUGGAAUUACCUGUUUGAAAACAAAUAAAUUAUUUAAAGUGAGUUUUAUUACAAAUGCCGAGAUUUUCGUUAAUUUUACGCCCAAAUGCAUUGCCAUUUUUUCAUCCAGCUUGUUCUGUUUCGAUAUAGUGACACACAACACCACCAGUCUAGGACCAGAGGGCACAGCCUCCAAAUUAAAGGACGUAACUUAAGAAAGUAGACGAGGAGAAAUUUCUUGAGCCAGAGGGUGGUGAAUCUGUGGAAUUCAUUGCCACAGACGGCUGUGGAGGCCAAGCCAAUGGAUAUUUUUAAAGCAGAGAUUGACAGAUUCUUGUACUGGUGUCACGGGUUACGGGGAGAAGGCAGGAGAAUGGGGUUGAGAGGGAGAGAUAGAUCAGCCAUGAUUGAAAGGCGGAGUGGACUCGCCAGGCCAAGUGGCGUAAUUCUGCUCCUGUGACCUUAUGAACUGAUCCGUUAUUUGAAGAGACACGAGCCUGAUCUCAUGGAAACAUUGAAUUCUGUCCCGACGAGAUAUGACUUCUGUUAACAUUUCUUCAAGGUUCAGCAACUGUGAUGUGUGUGAUUGGAAUUAUCAGCAGGCUUCACAUUGAAGCAGUUAUACAAUGUGAAAACUAUUCAAUGCAACUAAAUUCUUACAUUUAAAGUAUUAAAUGCUUUGAGUUUCAUACAGCAUGGAGCAGUGCAGCACAGGAACAGGCCCUUCAGCCCACCAUGCCCGUACUGAACACAACGUUGUGUGUUCAUUGUUUCCACAGAGGCUGGCUGACCCACUGAGUUCCUCUGUGUUUUCUGGUAGGCCUUCCAUUAACUUCAUCCCUGACACAGAAGAGCACAGCACAGGAACAAGCCCUUCGGCCCAUAAUGUCCAUGCUGAAUAUGAUGCCAAGUUACACUGAUCUGCCUGCACGUGAUCCAUUCCCUGAAUACCCAUGUGCUUAUCUGAAAGCCUCUUAAACACCACUAUCGUAUCUGCCUCCACCGGCAGCGUAUUCCAGGAAUCCACCGUGUAAACUAAACCUGCCCAGCAACAUCUCCUUUAAACUUUGCCCCUCUCACCUUAGAGCUGGUUUUUGCCAUUUCCAUCUCGUGGCAAGGGUUUUUAGAGGCAACGUCUUGUUCAAGUCUGUGGACAGGAGUU